ACUCGGAUGAGCUCGGGAAGAGCCCCUUCCACUGGGGCCGGGAGCCCAGCGCUGAGCGCUCCCUUGUCACCGGAGGAUGACACCGAAGGGAGAAGCGAGCGGCAGGACGAGCUGAGCCCAGCCCGGAGCGGGGGGGCGGCUGGCGAGCCCGGCUCCCUCGGCCCUCAGGCAAGGCGGCAACGGAGGGGGGGAACCGCUCUGCGAAGGGGGAGCGCAGGCAGGCCAAGGGGUGGCCCUCAGCCUCCCAACGGGCAGGCAGAGACUCCUCUCACCGUUAACUUCCCCCAGAAAGGGGCGAAAAGGACAUUUCUCCAGAGAAGUAACGCAAAACCCACCUCCAGCGUAUUGUGGCAGCUAAGAAAGAGAGAGAAAAAUAAUCCCCGUGCCCAACAUGGCCGCCCACCCAGCACCAGCCAUGGGAAAAGGAGGAGGGGGAGAUCGGCUUCAGGGGCGUCAAGGUAGACAGAUGCUCGCGCAGCGAGGCGUGCUGGCUGCCCCAGGGAGUGCAGGGAAGAAGAAUGGUGUCGAUUUCCCAGUGUCUGAUUUUGAAGCAAAAUGCGGAGCAUGUGGUCCAGGAUAUGCAACUCCUCUGGAUGCCAUGAAAGGUCCGCGGGAGGAGAUUGUGUACGUGCCCUGUAUCUACAGAAAUACCGGGAUAGAGAAGCCUGACUACCUGGCCACUGUGGACGUUGACCCCGAAUCGCCGCACUAUUGCCAGGUGAUCCAUCGCCUGCCCAUGCCGAAUCUUAAGGAUGAGCUCCAUCAUUCAGGGUGGAAUGCCUGUAGCAGCUGCUUUGGGGAUGCCACAAAGAGAAGAAAUCGUUUGAUUCUACCAAGUCUGAUCUCUUCUCGAAUUUAUGUGGUGGAUGUGGGAACAGACUUGCGAGCUCCUAGAAUCCAUAAGAUCGUUGAGCCAGUGGAGUUAUUCUGGAAGGGGAACGUGGCUAAUCCUCACACCUCUCACUGUCUGGGCAGUGGUGACAUCUUAAUCAGCUGUUUGGGAGACCCGUCUGGCAAUGGAAAAGGUGGCUUUAUUUUGCUGGAUGGAGAGACCUUUGAAGUGAAAGGAAAUUGGGAGAAUGGGGAAAAGGUACCUCCCCUGGGUUACGACUUCUGGUACCAGCCACGCCACAAUGUCCUGAUGAGCACUGAGUGGGGAACCCCAAAAGCCUUGGCAGAUGGGUUUAACCCAGCUGACAUAGAGAGAGGGCAUUACGGCCGCCGCAUUAAUGUGUGGGACUGGAGCACUCACACCCACAUUCAGGCGGUUGACUUAGGGAAGGGCUCCAUACCUCUGGAGGUUCGGUUCCUCCACAAUCCCGAUGCUGCAGAAGGGUUUGUUGCAUGUGGGCUGAGCAGUGCAGUGCACCGGUUCUACAAGACAGAGAAAGGAGACUGGGCAGCAGAGAAGGUGAUUGAAGUACCCAGCAAGAAGGUGCAAGGAUGGCUUCUCCCUGACAUGCCUGGUCUUAUUACUGAUAUCCUCAUCUCACUGGACGACAGGUUCCUGUACUUCAGCAACUGGCUGCACGGGGACAUCCGCCAGUACGACAUCUCCGACACCCGCAAGCCCAAGCUGGUGGGGCAGGUGUUUCUGGGAGGCAGCAUCACAAGAGGUGGGCCUGUAACUGUAGUGGAAGACAAGGAGUUGCAGUGUCAGCCAGAGCCGUUUGUGAUCAAAGGGAAGAGGGUGCCCGGUGGACCUCAGAUGAUUCAGCUUAGUUUGGAUGGGAAGAGAUUGUAUGUCACCAACUCUCUCUACAGUGGAUGGGACAAGCAGUUCUACCCAGAUCUCAUCAAGGAAGGCUCUGUUAUGCUGCAAAUUGAUGUGGAUACUGAAAGAGGUGGACUGAAAGUGAAUAAAAACUUCCUAGUGGAUUUUGGGAAGGAACCUGAUGGGCCUGUCCUAGCUCAUGAGAUUCGUUACCCUGGUGGAGACUGUACCUCUGAUAUCUGGAUGUAAUUGCUCUCUGGAGCUGUUUGCCUUUUUUUUUUUUUCCUUUCUGUAAUUUUUUUUCUCUUUUUCCCUCUCCUCUCUAUCUUCUACUUCCCUUGUAUAGGUGAAUCGGGUCAGCUGGAACCUUGUCUGCUCUCUAAACUUGGACUUCCAUUAGGGUGAGCCACAGAAGCUCCACUUUCUUCUCAUUCUGAGGCAGCCAAGUAAAUCCCUCUGAAACAUGAUACACAUCUCAUUUUCUCUCCUCCUUCCCCUUGUGCAAGGUCCUGUGUAUUCACUGUUGACUGUUGGUUUCAAGGCCAAGGUCACCAGUCUUUUAAGGAGUGUUCGCCUUGUUUGGUGCUGCUUUGCCUUGCCGCUGUUGUUUGUUGGUGGAGAAACUGUUCCUAAAUAACUCCAUGAGGAGGAUACAGUCCAUGGGCUUGCCUCAGAGCAAGGGUGUCCUGCCCCUGCCAAGCUUCAUUUGCUCAUAAAGUGAUCAGUGCUUUACAGCAGACACAGCAUAAAAAUCAUGCGUAUCUAAUCUGAAGCCACAUGUUUCCGGAGCUGGGUUAUAUUUUAACAUUUGUGCACUGAAGUUAGAAAAAAUCAACAAUAAAGUUGUUCUUCAAGUCA